GCUGGAUACUUUCUAGAGGCGUUGUUCUGCUGAAGGGCUUCGUCUGAUUGAUAAACUCAAAGAUCUCUGAAGUCAUUUCCUUGAAAAGACACAAUUAAACCACCAUUAUUAUUUCAGACUUAAUGGAACGGAACAAGGAGAUUGAAAAACUGAGCAAAGGAGAGGAGAAACAUCAUCAUGUCAAAACUGGAGAAAAAUCUUUGAGGAGAGACAAAAAUUCUUGCCUACAUUGUGGAAAGAGAUUGUCAAACAACAAAAGUCUUCAAAUUCACAUGAAGAUCCACACUGGAGAGAAUUUGUACACAUGUGAUCAGUGCGGGAAGAGUUUCACACGAAGAGGAAACCUUAAUAAACACACAAAGAUCCACACUGGAGAGAGGCACACAUGUGAUCAGUGUGGGAAGAGAUUCACACGAAAAGAGCACCUUAAUGAUCACAUUAGAAUCCACACUGGAGAGAAACCGCACACAUGUGAUCAGUGCGGGAAGAGUUUCAGACGAAAACAGGACCUUAAUGAUCACAUUAAAAUCCACACUGGAGAGGGGCACACAUGUGAUCAGUGCGGGAAGAGUUUCGGACAAAAACAGCAACUUAAUGAACACAUUAAAAUCCACACCGGAGAGAAGCCGUACACAUGUGAUCAGUGCGGGAAGAGUUUCAGACAAAAACAUCAACUUAAUUAUCACAUUAAAAUCCACACUGGAGAGAGGCCGCACACUUGUGAUCAGUGUGGGAAGAGUUACAUACACAGAAGAAACCUUGAGUAUCACAUGAGAAUCCACACUGGAGAGAAGCUGUACACGUGUGAUCAGUGUGGGAAGAGUUUCACACAGGCCGUCAAUUUUAAAUCACAUCUGCUUUCUCACUCUGGAGAAAGAGCAUUUAACUGUGAUCAAUGUGGAAAAGCAUUUUUUUCAUCGCUUUCCCUGAAGAACCACUUGAUAGUUCACAAUAAGGAGAAGCCUCACGCGUGUUCUUUGUGUGGAAAGGGUUUUAGUCAGCUGAGUGAAUUAAAAGUACACCAGAAAAGACACAGCGGUGUGAAGAAUUACGUGUGCUUUGAUUGUGGGAAGACUUUUGUUACAGAUCACGCAGUGAAACUGCACCAGAGAAUUCACACUGGAGAAAAACCUUACAAGUGUUUACACUGCGACAAGAGAUUCCAUCUGUCAACAUCAAUGAAACAACAUGAGUGGAUCCACACUGGAGAGAAACCACACAAGUGUGAUCAGUGUGGGAAAGUUCAUACGAAAAGGAUGCCUUAAUGUUCACAGGAAAAAACACAAAAGAGGCAUGCCACACAUAGUGGAGUGAGGCACCAGAGAACCGGCCGGGUCAGAGGUCAUCUUAGACUGGGGAGAAAAGAGGGGUUGAGCGGUAAAUCUAACCCAGCAUGUGAGUCCUAUGGCUUGUGGAAUUUCUCUGUAAAAUGGCUUGUAGUAAAUAACCUUGGGAGAGCUUUAUAGACAGACUCCGGCCUGUGUUCUGGGCGUCAUUCACUUCGCAGUAAUCUGUGUUGGUGACUGAGCCUUAUUGUUCUUGCAAGAAUAAUAAACCUCUUUUCCUUUU